AUGGCAUCAUCAAUAACAAACACCGACUCAAAGAGGAAACUCGACGAAUCACUCGCCCUGCUCAACUCCCUCUUUGCUCACCCUUCAAAGAAACAGCAACAGCACUCGUCCGACGCUGAAGGCAUCCCUCCGGUCUUUCAACCCAAGGAGGCAACCAUAAUACCCGCUGAAGCAACAGCUCUUCUUGCCAAACAGCAUGCCAGCCUCAAGAAACGCGUCUUCCUCCCACCCAGACCUGCCGUCCUCGACAAACUAUCUAGACUGACUGGUGCGCGUCCAACCCUCCAGGACUCUAUCGCCGCAUCAAUUGCCGCCAGUGCACCCACAUCACGCGCUUCUGCAUUAGCAGAAUCUCCAUCAACCGCCACAGACGAUGCUACAGCAAUAACAACAACAACGGCAUCAGUAGCAGAAACAGCCGCACGACCACAAUUGAACAAACGCGUGGAUUCUGCAGGAUCAACCAGAAUGAGAUAUCUCCCCUGGUCUAGGGACCAGUUCCACGAACGACUCGAAACAUUCAAGCCUUCAACCUGGUUCGACAAACCCAAGCUGGUCAAUGCUGUCGAGUGCGCAAAACGGGGCUGGAUCAACAAGGGCGACGACCGACUCGAGUGCUGUGGAGGAUGUGGCGGCGUUGUCAUUGUCAGGAUAGACCAGAUCGAGGAAAAGCCAUCCCCAUCAACAGACAACUCGUCACAGGAUGCUGAGAACAGUCAUACCACAGACGACUUUGACCUUGACGAUACCCUUCCAGAUCUGGAUGCUGAGUCCUUAGGUCCACAGUUCCAUGCGAUGCUCACCUCGAACCAUGUAGACGGAUGUCCAUGGAAGACACACCCGUGCGAUGACAGCAUAUACAAGUUUCCGGUUUUGUCGCAUUCGCAUGCGAGAAAAGAGUUUGUGGAUCGAGCAAAGGAACUGGAAAAAAUGAAGGACGAUCCUCUCAUCGAGAGCACCCGCCACCCUCUUACGGUGGAAGAAGUUGAGAAGUUGGCAGGGUUGUUUGCAGGAGAGGCAGAGACAAAGUUGUUGAUUCUGUCACUAUUUGGAUGGAGAGCCACUGAGACGCCAAAGGUGCUUGCCUGUGACGCAUGCCACACCCGUUGCACAUAUAUCGCAAGUUUUGGGUUCAGAAAGACGGGCGUCAGGGAUGAUGAUGAUUAUGAUGAUAUGUCGAUGGACGACGAUGGUGAAGAGGCGUCGUUUGAUACGAUUCAGGCACACAAGUGGUAUUGUUACUGGGUUGAUCCUGAGCACAACGAGAAGCAGCAGGUUGGGUGGAGAAUCUUUUACAAAUCUCUUAUUUCAGGGUCGGGUGGACAAGUCAGUCAGAGCCAGACACAUUCAGGUCAACAGGAAGCCUCGUCGUCUUCCCCCGUUGGUGCACGUAUUGAGCCGAGCGAGGCGGUGGCGAUGGUGAAGCGGAUACUCCGUGGCCAAGUCGCGUUGAUCUGA